AUGCCCACUUUCAGUUUAUCUGCCAUUGAUCUCAGUCAGCCCACAAGGCUGCCUCCAACGCAAAACAAUAUGAAAGACUCCAAUAAGCGCAGCGCUAGCGUCACACCCAACCUCCUUGCCUUGGUGACAAGCAAGGAAAACACCAUACGAAGUGAGGAAUCCAUCAAACCCAACGAUGGUGUCAAACCUCGUGGUCUAGCCAUUCGAGAUCCUGUAACAAGCACGAAAGAAUCAUGUCGGCCAGAUUCAAGAGAGGAUGACGAUCCUCAAAGCAGCCAAAAGGCUGUUUCUCUUCCAAAAGUGCAUGAAAGGGAGAACGAGGAGACGCUUCCAACCGAGGAAACCUCACAAAUCAGAAGUGAAAUGGGUCGAUUGCAAACAAAGUUCUCUCAAAUGCAAGCACAAUUCUCAAAAAAUCAAGCACAACUUGGUGUUUUAAAACAAAAUGUCGGUUGUCUGAUGGGAUUUCAAACCCCACAAGGUUAUCGAACUGUUGCGAUGAACGAAAUUUUCGCAUCCUUGAGAGAAGUGGCACCGGAGGGAAGCCACUACAGCGUGGAUUUUGAGCUUGACAAAAUCAGACAAAGCAUCGUGGAUUCGCCACAGCAUCGCCAAGAGAAGGGCUUUAGUUUUCCUUCUUGA